AUGAGGUCUCCAUUCACUCGUCAGCCGAAAGGUGAAGACCAGGCUGGGUCGCCUCCAUCGAUGGAGAUGUCGGGAGGAUCUGACCAAGAGAAGAGACGCAGCAGUUCUUUCGACGAAAGGCCUGUGCCCUGGGUGACAUGGCGCUCGCUGGUGCUAGGUGCAUUUGUCUCGAUUGGUGGUAUUAUCUUUGGCUAUGAUACUGGUCAAAUCUCCGGGUUCUUGGAAAUGAACAACUAUAAGCGGCGAUAUGGCCAGCUUGAGAAUGGUCAAUACACGUUCAGUAACGUGCGUUCGGGUUUGAUCGUGUCAUUGCUGUCCAUUGGAACCUUGAUCGGUGCUCUAUUGGCUGGUCCAUUGGCCGAUUGCAUUGGCCGCAAGUGGUCGAUCUUCGCCUGGUGUAUUAUUUUGCACGUUGGUCUGAUCAUUCAGAUCACGUCCCCGUCGGGGAAAUGGUAUCAGAUGAUGAUGGGCCGCUUUGUGACUGGAUUUGGCGUGGGAGCCUGUUCGCUGCUAGUGCCCAUGUAUCAGGGUGAGAUUGCGCCGCGACACAUUCGCGGCGCCAUGGUUUGCUCAUACCAAUUGUUCGUGACGCUCGGCAUAUUUGUUGCAUACUGCAUCAACUUCGGCACUGAAAGUAUGGAUAACACGGCUUCGUGGAGAAUUCCACUGGGCAUCACCUUCCUCUGGGGUUUGUUGCUCGGUUUCGGCAUCCUCCUGUUCCCCGAAAGUCCGCGAUAUGACUAUCGACAUGGACGCAUAGACCAGGCUAAGAGAACCAUGUCCAGGCUCUACGGAAUCCCCGAGAACCAUCAAGUAAUUGUCCACGAGGUUCUUGAGAUCCAGGACCAACUUGACGCAGAGAAGGGAGCCAGGGGUGGAUGGCAUGGUUGGGUUGAGAUGUUCCAGGCGCCUCGCAUGCCCUAUCGCAUUCUGUUGGGCAUGGUUCUCCAGAUGUUCCAGCAGCUCACCGGUGCCAACUACUUCUUCUACUAUGGUACCACUGUCUUCAACGGGGCCGGAAUCAGCAACGUGUUUGUCACCCAGAUGAUCCUGGGGGGCGUCAACUUCGGCACGACGUUCGGAGGCCUAUAUGUGAUCGAGCACUACGGUCGACGCAAGUCUCUGAUUGCAGGCGGGAUCUGGAUGUUCGUCUGCUUCAUGAUCUUUGCCUCGGUGGGCCAUUUCUCUCUGGACAUCCAGACCCCGGCCAACACCCCCGGAGCCGGGACAGCCAUGGUCGUCUUUGCCUGUCUAUUCAUCACCGGAUUCGCGAUGACCUGGGGUCCGAUGGUAUGGGCCAUUGUGGCCGAGCUUUACCCAUCGCGCUACCGAGCCAGGGCAAUGGCGAUGGCGACGGCCUCGAACUGGCUGUGGAAUUUCCUGCUGGGAUUCUUCACACCUUUCAUCACGCAUGACAUUGACUUUGCGUACGGAUAUGUCUUUGCGGGAUGCCUUGCUGUGGCCGUGGUAGUGGUGUACUUGUUUGUCAUUGAGGGCAAAGACCGAACCCUGGAGGAGAUGGACAUGAUGUACGUGAUGCGAGUCAAGCCGUGGAAGAGCAGCAAGUGGGAGGCACCGACGCCGGAGCAUCGGCUCACGACGGCGCAGCUCAUGGAUCGCCAGGUGGCGGAGGGUGUCAACCGGGACGAAGAGACAUCAGGGAGUAACAAGCAAGCAGAAGGUCCGGGACACAUGCAUACAGAGAAUCUGGAAGAGGUUCCAGCCGCAGCAGGUCCGUCCACAGCCUGA